UGCCCGUGAUUCUCGAUAUCUUCCUUUCCCUUUCACUCAUACCUCUCUCCUUCAGUCUCUCCUCCACAGCUCUCCGACUACACGGUAGGAAAGACGCUCCACUUUCAUUCGACAUCGUUGAUCGGAUCGAAGGAAUUACUUCCAAGCCUUAACAAUUUUAGAUCUAUUUUUCAAUAGAGCAGUCGAGUCUCAUUUCCCAGUACUUCUCUCUCUAAAACUCUCAUUCUCUAUUCUGGUUCACAUAUGCAAUUACUCUGUUUAGGGUUUUUGAGUUCAAGUGUUGCAGGUCAGUUUCUUUUUUAAGGAAGAUAUUCGAAAUCAGUCCACUUACGGCCCAAUUGCUUAAAAAUUAGGCCAUCUCAGGCUCAGCCCAUUAUUACGUAGCCCCGAUCUCUGUUUACACACGUGCAUUGCAUCAUCCCUACUCCAAGCAUUUCGGUUGGUCUCCGAGCUUAAUGUGCCCCGCCACACAAGAGCCUUCAAUCAAUCAUCCCGUCCCUUUCUUAAAACGGUGCGAUUCGGUCGAUUUCUGAGUUCGAGUUAAAUUGGGUUGUGCAGUGGAGUAAAAAUAAUGGCUAAGAAAAAGCAAGUUGCUAAAGAGGGGAGCAUGGAGGAGCCCAAAAUGGACAUGAGGAAGAUUAUGAAAGAAAUCGAGUUUUUGGGCUCCUCACGAAUGACCUGGAAGGAAAGAAAGGAGUUGGAAAAUAAGAAGAUAGUUUCUUUAGGUGGAAAGCCUCCUAAGAAGCAGAGACUGCCAUUAAGUGUAGCACGAGCACAAAUGAAGAACCAAAAGGAGAGAGAACAGAAAAUGUUGCAAGAGAAUUUGAUUCUUGGACGAUUUGAACGGAAGCUUGGUGGUGGAACUAAAAGAGCGGUGGAGAGGCGCAUGCCUGAGGACAGAGUGCUGAAAUCAAGUGAAGGUCAUUUCAGAAACGGUGUAUUAGAUGUGAAGCAUUUGUUACAUUCUGGUCCAUCUAGAAACAACGAAAGCAGUAGCAGCUAUAUCAGUAAAGGAAAAAAGAAAAAGGGUGGUGGAAAGAACAAACGAAGUAAGGGAGGUGGUAUAAAGCUCCACUGAGCUGAUCUAUCAAAAACACUUGUUCUUUAGUAGCAGAUGGAAAUCAAUUUUGUUUCUAUUAAUAUCUAUAGAAAAUGUGUUGGUGAUUUUAACUCCUUGUAAGAGGAAGAUGUGUGUAGAUUAGUUUUAAGAAUGGUCAGUGAUCUGGCUCGUCGGUCUUCGAGGCUCUUGCAUGACUUGCAUUUAAUUAGUUGAAAGAGAUUUAUUCAUAA